GGAUGUCAAAAGAAACAAGAAGAUUCUACUCAAAGAUCUUGAACAUGACACAGCUUGCAGCGAGAGGAAGCAAAUCACACCAAAGAGAGCUGAAGAAAUAUAAUCUUUCCAAGUUUUUCGACAGAAAUCACAUCUCCCUUGCCAACGAGAGGCGUUUCAAUAAUGGGAGGCUCAGAUUGCAUUACCUUCUGCAUGCAACAGACGUUUUAUGUGAUGUCUGCAAUCGGACAUGGAAAAGGCAACCAUGGCAAAUCAACUCAUUUCUUAAUGAGAGCAGGGAGGAUUCAACCUACGAUUGGGUCCUCAAACGAACUUUCUGGAACGUGGCAGCUUUUGGCGAUGAGGAGGACUUAGACGAGUUUCUCACAGUGUACAAGGUGGACAUUAACGCCAGAGAUCCGGAGGUUCAAAUGUGCACAGCAUUGCAUCAUGCUGCAAAUCAGGACAAGGAUGACAACAUAGCAGUGCUAGUGAGACACGGAGCUGAUGUCCUGGCGAGGGACCAUGGCAACUGGACGGCCCUGCAUUAUGCUGCGAGGAACAACUCAUGCCGAGCAAUCAGCCGCCUUCUCUCCGCUGGCAUCCCAAUCGAGCUGGAUGGGGGGGUGAGAGGUCGAGGGCUCAAGUAUGCGCCAUGCUUCACCGCUCUGCACUGGGCGGCACAUGAGGGACACGUGGAGGCGAUAAGAGCUCUAGUCGCUCAUGGGGCCAACCUUGAAGCUCGAAACGAAGCCUCCCACACCCCCUUGAUGGCUGCCAUCCACUGGGGUCACAAAGACGCGGUGCAGGUGUUGGUGGAGGCUGGAGGCGAUUUGCUGGCACAGAACGAUCUGGGAGAAAACUGCAUCAUGCAAGCGCAGAAGAUGUGUCUUCACUUUGCCACCGUGGAGUAUAAACCAACCAAAGGACAAAUGCGACGAAGCCCGCUCGAUGAGUGGACUGGACCUGAAAGAUGGCACGAGACGUACGAGUAUCUCAGGACCGCGAUAGCACUGAAACGACAAGCCUGGAUCGAGAGAGAGAGAGAGAGGUAGAGCCCUUGUUACAUAGUUGAGAGCAAGAAAUGAUGUCGCACAGAAAGAACCGAUAUCAAAGUGAUGUAACAAAGCAAGAAACGC